AAAUGUUCCCCCGUCAGCCUCGACUCUGUCUGGUGGAUAACACUCUCACAUAAGAGAACUAUUUUAGAACUAUAGGAUGAGUUUUUCAACAACUCGGGUGUUGAUAAUGUGUUAUAAUUCCUUAUUGUCGCGACGUAUUGCUCCUAUUGUAUGCUAUAAUCUACUGCGUGGCUCACAUUUUUAGCGGACGGAGCUGAUUCAGCUCUGCACGGCAUGGUCUUAGACCGAAUAAUCUCCCAGCUUCGUAAAUCGCAACUCACAUGUCACCAAGCGCCUAUUAAGUCACCCUAGGGUUCUCUUCUGCGACAGAGAUCGCCAGUCUUGGAAGGGGCCGUGAUCCAACAAUGUAACAUCAUUGGUUGACGAAUCACGACCCCUGGCGACGAUAAGAUGGCAGGGGGCUGCCUAAAUGAACCUCAACUUCUCAAGUCCUCGCAAGGUCGCACCUAUGUUUUCCCCUCUUCCUACCAUCCUCAUUUCGUCUCGCCCAUGCGAGUGACGCCCACAUCAAUUGUAUGAGGUUCUCGCGAGAUACCCUUCUACCGCCUCCACGAUGGCCGAUACUCGAACACUACGAAUCGUCACCGCCGCGACUUUCCUACCAGCUUUUCCCCUUGCUCUCGCGCAUGGGGUCAUUUCGAAUAACCCUGCCCCUGCUGUAGGAUUGGUGCCGCUUGCUUUCUCGGCCGGUGCAGGCAUCUUCUUGUUGUCGCGUCAAUCCAGAAGGAAGCAGCAAGCAGCGUCCGAUCCGGAGCGGGGUGAUGGAGCUGAGGAGGGGCAGGUACGGGACCAAGAACAAGAACAAGAGCAGGAACAACUAGAGGGACAACAAGGGGAACCGCAACCUCAAGAAGCACCUGCCGCGCCCGCCCCGACACCGACCAAAAGCCACCCGAUCCUCGUAUUCGCCGUCGAUACGGUCCUCUCCGCAGCGCUAUUAGUGGUUUUAAUAUUUACAUGGAUUGAUUCGGGUAGCGGCAGCUCUAACAGCGCCGAGUCAGCUAUGCUAGCUGCAUAUGCGACAAUCCCACUAUUAAUUAAUUUCUUAAUUCAUCUUUACCUAGCGGUACGCGAACUCUCCCGCGGCCUCGCGCUUCCGGGGCUGACGCAAUACCUCGCGUGGCAGGCCGUUCCACCCGAUUGCCCAGACUGCGGACACCGAUUGCGACCAGACGCCCCACCUCGACUCCCGUGGGUGGAAGAAACGUCGUUACCGAGACCGUCGUUUAAGAAUGUGAAGUUGAAGCUACCUUCGAUCCCGAAGGUUAAAGGGCCUGAAUGGAAGACGCCGGCGUGGUUCCGAAACAGCACCCAACGUGGGUAUGCGACGCUGUUUGGUGGCGCCAUCGACGACGAUGCGACAGCGACGGUUGUCCCAUAUAGAGACGACCCCGAAGUAGGCGAGUCAUCUACUCGGGUUGAAGAGCCCGAGACCGUGGAACCUGAGGUGGUUGAUAUCGUGGGCAAAAAGAGUAGGAAAUUAGGCAGAAAUUCUGGCACAUCGCACGAUUCUGGCUAGAUAUGAGGUCUACUAGUUUACUUGCCCGUUUAAGUUGUUUGUUUUCAGCUAACAUAUGGUUGUUAUCAUCAUUUCGGUUAAAUCUUAUGUGUGGGAGGGCUUUUCGUUGAAGCGUGGGGACGACGUUACGAAGAUGAUGAGGAGGACGGUGU